GCAUCCCGAUAAAGCUCCACAUGAUAAAAAGCUUGAAUAUGAAGAGAAAUUUAUCAAUAUUUCCAAAGCUUAUAAAGUGUUAACUAAUGAGGAAAUUCGUAGAAAUUUUGAAGAAUUUGGUCAUCCAGAUGGUAAACAAGCUUAUUCCUUGGGUAUUGCUCUUCCUACUUGGUUGGUUGAAGCAAGAAAUAGUCCAAUUGUACUUGGUAUUUAUGGUGUUGUCUUUGGAUUGCUACUUCCUUUCUAUGUGGGUCGUUGGUGGUAUAGUUCGAGCAGUUAUACUAAGAAUGGAAUAAGGACUCACACUAUGGAUCUUUAUUUCAGAGAUUUGAGAGCAAAUACUAGCUUUAAACAAAUUUUAGAUCUACUUUCUGCUUCUAUCGAAUUCAAAGAAUUAGUGGAGCAACGUCCCACCGAUAAUACGCGGCUAUCUCCGAUUAUUACUUCUGUAAAAGAUGAGUUGGAAAGACGGUUUGGUGAAAAAUACGAAAAGAGUAAAAGGUAUAACGCUCCGUUUUGCCAAAAAGCGAAUGCUUUAUUAUACGCUCAUCUGUUAAGAGUCAAUAUCGAUGAUAGUGACCUAUUGAAGGACAAAUAUUUCAUUGUUGAGAGAUCCAUUCACCUUGUUACUGGUCUUCUAGAAAUUGCUUUAGCACAUCGCUGGUUGCAAACCAGUAUGCGAUGCAUGGAAGUUUCUCAAAUGUUAGUUCAAGCCAUGUGGUUUCAUGAGAAUCCAUUAGUUCAAUUGCCAUUUGUGACUCCUGAAAUUUUAAAAAUCAUGAAAAUAAAAAAAAAGAAUGUAAGGAGUAUAGUACAAUUGCGAAAAAUGAAAGAUGAAGAAAUUAA